AUGAAGCUUCGCAACAAUAUUCGUCCACCUAAACGGCUCAAUUCUGAGCAGUUUGACAGUCCUUACUCACAAGUAUCGCUACGUCGAACUAAGAACUCCGCAUCUCAUUCAUAUGUCCCCUAUGACCCCGAUUUACCCCCAGCCGCAUUUCCUACGCUGGAGCAACCGCGAGCACCUGGGCAACGCAAUUGUGAUGAGGAAGAUAAUGAGCUACAUUCAGAAACGUUGAAAGCAUCACAAAGCCAGCAAGACAAAUGGAGUACCCGUCUUGGGUUGGGCCAGGAGGAUAAUGAUGGACAAGUGGAUUUCGAGGAUAUCCCCCUCGGUCAGAUUGAGAAUUACAUUGCGAGCAAUGGAGAUAUGAACCCAGUUUACAAAAGGAACAUGGCUGUUAUGGCAAAUACAGAACAAUAUUUACUACCAGUGGACAGUGACAGUAUCGACAGUGAGCCUGACGGAGUAAUUGAGGAUAAUCUUGACAGAAGGUUGUCUAAGCACACAGAGUUUUUGCUGAUUCUAAGCAAGGCGUCAUCUGCCAUUGAUGAUCCUAAGUGGAGUGAUAUAUCCCCAUCAAUACAGCUGGAAAUCAUCAAUAACCUCCUUCAGUCUCACAGCUGGUCCAGCGCCUGCAACAUAUUAGGAUUAACACAACACGACCAAGAAGAAAUUCAAAAGCUGUGGCCCGAACGUGAUGGUCAGAUUAGAUCAGAAGACACACAGUUGAAAAGAAUGCGGCAAAAGCAAUUGAGCGUUCUCAUGAAAAUGGACAAUAGUAUGGGGGCAAAACAUCCAACUUCGCAUCAGGACGUUUUUAGUAAAAUCUCUAAACGGUCCAUUCGGAAGCUGAAAGGAGCCAUUCAAACUGAUUACUUCUUGUGCAAUGCCAAAUAUGUCUCUACAGCUAGAAAAUUCCUGCACAAGCGGGGUAUAAGUCCGAAGUCUGUCGGAAACUGGAGCAACAGCGUCAUUACUAUUAUACAAGGUGUUGACGAUGACUCAGGAUCAGAAAUUUCUGAAAUGGGGGAGCACCAGUCUGACUCUCUAGAAAUUGGCUCAACGCCAAGUUGUGACUAUGUUAGCUAUUAUGUGACUGGAGAUAAGCCGAUGUCUGCUACGCUGCCCCAAGAAUCAUGCAUCAACUCCAUUGGGACAUGUUUGCCCAGCACAGAAACCACGUUCCAGCAAGAAAGUAUUCUCAACCCACAUUCAAAGCCACUUAACCUUCUCCCACGGAAAAAUCCCUCCCAACCUUCUCAGCUCAAUGGCUUGGUUUGUCUCAAGAUUGGCGUGGAGCGGGCUGCUCAAAUUCAAGCUUCUGAACGACCUGAGCAUAUUGCACCUUCCCAAUUAGUCCUUGAACAACCACCACUGGAUAGUUUCUUCCACGAGCCAAUCGAAGCUGGUGUCAGUGGCACCUUUCAUCUAGCUUCGAGUCCAGAUAUUUCCUCAGUAUACGGGUCAGCCUUUUCUAACCUUGCGCAGCCAGUGCGGCGAAUCUUGGGUGGGAGCUGGUCCUAUGCUUCUGUCCGGCCCAGUGAAUAUCCUGCAUCUACUUCCUCCGCACGGCUAUGGCAAAGGCUGGAAGAAGCAAGAUUGGAAGCACGAAGAGAAAGGCGUGAGGGUGAUAGUAAUAGAGAAAGAGGAGAACAUAAUUUCUUUUCUGAACCAGAACGACCCAGCUCCGUGUCUGAAAUCCAAUCACAAUCAAGAGCGCCUACAAAAGUUCUAUCCUCUACGAGUGCAGAGGAAGUGAGCUGCCCAGAGAUCGAUACACAAUUGCUUCCAGAAAGCACAGAUGUAUCUGGUGCACCUUCCCCUGCACUACCAGACGACACUAUUGAAGAGACGGAUAAUAUGUCGAUAACUCCCCCUACUUCAGAUAGCCAUUCAGGUUGCACAGUUCAGCCCGACCCAACCAACUCUACUCAUAUAGGGGAUGAAACCAACGACAAUGACGAAUAUGAUUGCGAGAUCGAUGAAAUGGUUCUUCUACCUGUCCGUUCUACGGGAUAA